AUGCUAAGCUCCCCCCUCCAGCUCUGCUCUCCCGCCGGUUCCAGCCCGAGUCACCGUGCCUUUCUCUCGGGCCCCUCUCCUCCCCCGCACGCCCUCGCGUUCAUGCCGGCGAGACUCGUGUCCCUCUCCACCUCGCCGUGCUCGUCUCUCGCUGCCGCUGCCUCUCUGGCGACGGUUCCCAUGCUUCUCCCCUUCCUUGCUACCGACGAUCUCCGGGCGAGCGCCUGUCUCCGCCGCCUUCUCUUCCCCGCUGCUGCCGGACGAGAGGCGAGGGGAAUCCGCCGCUCACCCUCCUCUCCCAUUGCGCUUGCGGGCCAGACGUCCGUGCCUCCCCGCCGCGCCCCUCUUGCCGCUGGCCGCGCCUCUCUGAUGAGCUGGGCCCCUCCUCGCGUCCUUCUUCCCGCCGCCAGUGGUGGCUGGCUGCGCGUGGCUCGCCCUCCCAUCCUCCCUUGUGCAUCAGCUGCCUGUCCGGCGAUCGUGCGCCGUCUUCGCCCCAGCCCCCUUGUGCCUGGCGCCAGUCGAUGCCGGCAUGCACGCCCCAGUCCCGCCGCUCCUGCUGACGCGACCUCUCCGCGUAAUGCUCCUCCUGGCGGCUUGCGUCACGGCCGCGUGAUUCCAACCGUCCCGACCGCGAUCCUUCCGCCCCUGCCUGGCUUGCGCCCCCGGCAACGUCCGCCUCUUUAG